CUAUGACGGCCAGCGCGGAGCUGCGGGGACGCAGGCCCGGAGUCGGGGUCGGAGUGGUGGUGACCAGCUGCAGGCACCCUCGGUGUGUCCUGCUAGGGAAGAGGAAAGGGUCGAUUGGAGCAGGCAGUUUCCAGCUUCCUGGGGGCCAUUUGGAGUUCGGUGAGACCUGGGAAGAAUGUGCUCAGAGGGAGACCUGGGAAGAAGCAGCUCUUCGCCUGAAAAACAUCCGCUUUGCCUCAGUGGUGAAUUCAUUUGUUGAGAAAGAGAAUUACCAUUAUGUCACUAUAUUAAUGAAAGGAGAAGUAGAUGUGACUCAUGACCCAGAACCAAAGAAUGUAGAACCUGAAAAAAAUGAAAGUUGGGAGUGGGUUCUUUGGGAAGAAUUUCCUCCUCUAGACCAGCUUUUCUGGGGACUCCGUUGUUUAAAGGAGCAAGGCUAUGAUCCAUUUAAAGAGGAGCUGAACCAUCUGGAAGGGUACAAAGGAAAUCAUCUCUAG